CCGAGCACACAAGUGGCGCCAAUAAUCCUUCCCUUUUCCCCAAAUCCGUCAGAGGAGUCCCGUUCAGAACCCUAAUUUCAACUUCAACCGCCACAGCCACAAGUUCAAAACCCAUCCCCUUCCUUUACCAACACUUCGUUAUCUGAUACUACUACAAGUCAAGUCAUGUUGAUUGUUGAUGCAUAUCUUCAUCUUAUCCGCAAUUAAAAUCUCUUCUUUAUAUCUUCUGCAAUCACCUUCCCAAUAUAGAAUUGAAUAAUAUGAAUACACACUUGAAUCAACAGAUGACACGUUAUACCUCGUCGUGACCGCUACUCUACUCUUAUCUUCAUCAUCCUAUCGUCCUCUUACCAACGUUUAUGGCCGCGUACAGUCGAUUCCAUUCAAUUUAAUCCGCCAUCAGUCUCCUACCAGCUUGUGUGCUUUCACACUUCUCAACUUUUUUUGAAUUUGAAUUUGAAUUUUCGCGUUUUCUAUAUUGGAUUUUUCGUGGACCAUGGUUUCAUUUUUCUGACGAUCUGGGGAGUAAUUUACUUCACCAGUCGCCACGAGAUGAGAUUCUAGAAAAUCGUGGUGGUUCUAGGUCAGCUAUCCAUGAUUAAUUGCUGUGCAUUCGAUAUCAUUUCUGUCAGUUGCGACAGACUUCGAUUUAGAAAAGAUUCAAAUCUGGAUUAUUUGGGCUGUUAAUAGAACACGUAUCGCUAUAAAGUAUUGUGCUCAGAGGAUGGAUCAUAUAAGUAAUGAGGCCAAUGUUGAUGCGUUCUCAAUCGGACCUUCAACAACCCUUGGCCGGACUAUUGCUUUCAAAGUUCUAUUCUUCAAGUCAAUCUCACACUUGAGGCAUCAUCUCUCUCAUCUGCUGCUUCAUUACUUUCGUUGCAUCAGGGCAUAUGUUUCUUCCACCGUUAUCCCUGUGAUCUCAUGGUUCCAUCCACGCAACCCGCAAGGGAUACUACUGAUGGUAACACUAAUGGCAUUCUUACUUAAACGGUGCACUAAUGUCAAAACAAGGGCUGAGAUUGCAUACAGGAGGAAAUUCUGGAGGAACAUGAUGAGGGCUGCAGUAACAUAUGAAGAAUGGGCUCAUGCUGCUAAGAUGCUGGAUAAAGAAACUCCUAGAACAAACGAAUGCAAUCUUUAUGAUGAAGAACUUGUGAGGAACAAACUUCAAGAACUCAAGCACCGCCGUGAAGAGGGUUGUCUUAGAGAUAUUGUAUUUUAUAUGCGAGCUGACCUUGUCAGAAACCUUGGUAACAUGUGCAAUCCAGAGCUUCACAAGUGUAGACAUCAAGUUCCAAAGCUUAUAAAAGAAUACAUCGAUGAAGUCUCGACACAAUUGAGAAUGGUUUGUGAUUCUGAUUGUGAGGAGAUUCUUUUGGAGGAGAAACUUGCUUUCAUGCAUGAAACACGUCAUGCUUUUGGAAGAACAGCUUUGCUUCUGAGUGGAGGUGCUUCUCUCGGAGCUUUUCAUGUUGGUGUAGUGAAAACAUUAGUAGAACACAAGCUUUUACCCAGAAUAAUUGCAGGGUCUAGUGUUGGAUCCCUUAUAUGUGCUGUUGUCGCCACCAGAUCCUGGCCAGAGCUUCAGAGUUUCUUUGAAGAUUCACUGCAUUCGUUGCAGUUUUUGGACCAAAUGGGUGGAAUUUUUAAUAUUUUUAAAAGGGUUAUGACAAUGGGAGCAGUUCAUGACAUUAGACGAUUACAAGUUCUAUUAAGAAACUUGACAAAUAAUCUUACAUUUCAAGAAGCUUAUGACAUGACAGGUCGUGUUCUUGGAAUAACAGUAUGUUCUCCAAGAAAACAUGAACCUCCAAGAUGUCUUAACUACCUGACUUCACCUCAUGUAGUUAUAUGGAGUGCAGUUACUGCGUCUUGUGCUUUUCCUGGUCUCUUUGAAGCUCAAGAACUCAUGGCAAAAGAUAGAAGUGGAGAAAUUGUUCCUUAUCACCCCCCAUUUCAUUGGGGCCCUGAAGAAGCUAAUGCCAGUACUACUCGCAGAUGGAGAGAUGGUAGCUUGGAGAUGGAUUUACCCAUGAUCCAGUUAAAAGAACUCUUCAAUGUAAAUCAUUUCAUUGUUAGUCAAGCGAAUCCUCAUAUUUCUCCCCUGUUGAGACUGAAAGAAUGUGUGCGAGCUUAUGGAGGCAACUUUGCUGCAAAGCUUGCUCAUCUAGUCGAAAUGGAGGUGAAAUACAGAUGCAACCAAGUCUUGGAACUUGGUUUUCCCUUAGGAGGACUUGCAAAGCUAUUUGCUCAAGAAUGGGAGGGUGACGUCACCAUUGUUAUGCCUGCCACCUUAGCUCAGUACUCAAAGAUCAUACAAAACCUUUCUCACUUGGAGCUUCAGAAAGCUGCAAACCAAGGAAGAAGAUGCACAUGGGAGAAGCUUUCAGCCAUUAAAGCCAAUUGUGGUAUCGAGCUUGUUCUUGAUGAAUGUGUUGCCAUUCUAAACCACAUGCGUAGACUUAAAAGAAGUGCAGAAAGAGCAGCUUCAGCUUCUCAUCCCCGGUUUAAUGCAUCAAAAAGAAUCCCUUCAUGGAGUUGCAUGGCACGUGAGAACUCAACAGGAUCACUAGAAGACCUUGCAGACAUUGUUUCCCCUCUCCCCCAUGGCGGCAGGAACUGGCGGCACCAUGACGGAAGUGACAGCGAAUCAGAGACUGCAGAGUUGAAUACUUGGACAAGAUCCGGUGGACCCUUGAUGAGGACAGCUUCAGCUGAUCAGUUUGUUGAUUUUGUCCAGAACUUGGAUUUUGAUUCCAGAGUGAAGAACUUGAGGGUGAUUCCGCCGGAAUUGGAAUCGGAUCAGAGGGAUAUGAAUAGCAGAGUUCAUAGAAGCAUCAUGGUGGCUGAAGGUGAUCUUUUGCAGCCGGAGAUGAUGUGUAAUGGGAUUGUGUUUAAUGUUGUGAAGAAAGGGGAGUUGACACCAUCGAAUAGGAGUCAUCAGGAUUCUGAAAAUAACAACUUGCUUUCUGACUCGGUUGCUGAGUGUGUGCAAAUGCAACCUGAUUCUCCAGAGAAGGAGAUGAUGGACGAUAGCUCUGCUUCUGAAUGUGGUGAUACUGAAUCUGAUAUCUGUAAUGAUGCUAUUAAAGACUGUCAACACGUGUAGUUUUUUAUUAAAUUUAGUGGGGAUAUGCUAUUGCUAAUUUGGUUAA